CAAAAAUAAUUUGUCAAGUUCUUGAUCAUGUUUCUGUGUAGUAUUUUGUUGCUACUUCUAUUUUGUUUCAUUUACACUAAUUUGUUGAUUGCAAAUAUGAGCCAGAAAAGUGGAUAGAGGUUGUCUCUUUUGUUGAAGCCAAAGUAGGAAGUGAUACAGAUAUUUAUACACACAAAAAUCAAAGAAGGAAGUUAGGAUUAUAUAUAUAGGGGCUUAUUUCUUGCUUUGGUGAUGAUGAACGAAGACAUCUUACUUCAUCAGCAAGUACAACAACAAGAGGAGAAUAUGUCGAAUCUAACAUCAGCUUCUGGGGAUCAAGCAAGUGUCUCUUCGGGAAACAGAACUGAAGUAAGUGGUUCUAAUUACUUCCCUCAUCAUCAACAACAAGAAGAGCAACAACAGUUCAGUGUUCCUGAAUCUCAGCCUCAGAAGAAGAGGAGAAACCAACCAGGGAAUCCAGACCCGGAAUCAGAAGUGAUUGCUUUAUCACCAAAAACACUAAUGGCAACAAACAGAUUCGUGUGUGAGAUAUGCAACAAAGGAUUCCAAAGAGACCAGAAUCUACAGCUUCACAGGAGAGGUCACAAUCUACCAUGGAAGCUAAAACAACGAUCCAACAAAGAAGUGAUAAGGAAGAAAGUGUAUGUUUGUCCAGAAGCAAGCUGUGUCCACCAUGACCCAUCUCGAGCUCUCGGUGACUUGACAGGAAUCAAGAAGCAUUUCUGUAGAAAGCAUGGAGAGAAGAAGUGGAAAUGUGACAAAUGUUCAAAGAAAUAUGCGGUUCAAUCAGAUUGCAAGGCUCAUUCUAAGACUUGUGGCACCAAAGAAUACAGAUGUGACUGUGGCACUCUCUUUUCUAGGAGGGAUAGUUUCAUAACUCAUAGAGCAUUUUGUGAAGCAUUAGCCGAAGAGACUGCAAGGGAAGUAGUCAUACCACAAAACCAGAAUCAUCAACCAAACCCUCUUAUGAUCCAACAAUCUUCUUCUUCUUCUCAUCAUCAAGCACGACCAACCCUGAACAUCUCUUCCUCUUCUUCCUCUUCCCACAACAUCACCAACAGCCUUUACGUUGAAACCAACCAUAAUGGUACUAAUAAUAGCAACACUAGCAGCAACCACCUUCAUACUUUUCCAAUGAAGAUAGAGCAGCAACAAAGCAAUGAUCAAAUCAUCAAUUACCACCACCAUAGCAUCCCUCCUUGGCUUGCUCCUCAACCGCAAGAUCUCACGUCUUCAAACCCUAACCCUAGUAAUGGUGGAGGAGGAGGUUUGUUCUCUCUUGCAGCUUCUCCGGCUAUGUCAGCCACCGCAUUGCUCCAGAAAGCAGCUCAAAUGGGUUCCACAAAGACACCUCCAUUACCACCAACCACAGUCUCCGAGAGGUCAGCUCAUCAUAAUAACCUCACCACAACAAUGGCGGCGAUGAUGACAUCUCCAUCUGGCUUCAUCAGCUCCAACAACAACAACAACAACCAAGUUUUGUUUCAAGACUACAACGCCUCCGAGUUUGACCAUAACGGUGGAGAAGAAGCUUUCGACGAUACAUUCGGCGGGUUCUUGAGGACAAACGUUGAUACUACAACCACUUCAGGAUCAGACAAGAAUAAAAGCGGUGGCGGAGGAGGAGAAGAGGGUUUGACGAGAGAUUUCUUGGGGUUAAGACCGUUAAUAUCUCAUAAUGAGAUUCUAAGUUUUGCCGGUCUAGGGAAUUGCAUCAGUGGUUCUGCUUCCGAUCAGCUUCAUCCAAAGCCUUGGCAGGGACGCCAAGGAACAUCUUUCUGUAUUGGCUUCGUCUCUACCAGACAUAAUGUUACGAGACAAAGAAGUCACAAGACUUGGUCUCGGUUAUGCGAGCAAGAGAGGUCACGAGAUGGUGUCGUUACUCAAGAGAAGUCACGAGAGUUGAUGUCGGAUUAGCUAGAGAGGUCACAGGAGGAGUUGUUGGAUUUGCAAGAGAGGUCAUGAGAUGGUGGUGUAUAUGCGUGCCUGAGAUGGUUUUGUCACAAUAUGGUUUUGUAUGUGUUGUACGUUUUGUCAUGAGAUGGUUUUGUAUAAAGAAGACAAAGAGUGUAUGUGUUUUUUUUGUGUCACGAGAUGGUGUUUGUCAAACUCAUUGUAUCAUGUCAUCAAAACUCAUAUCUCUCUUGCUCUAUAUAAAUCAUCUCAUUGCUCA